UCCACAUCCUCUGUGCCCGCUGGACUGGUGGAACACGCUCAACAUAGGCAGACUUUAGGGUAUGCAAGUAUUGAUGGUUGUUAGUAUAAAACUGGUGUGAGGACUCCAAACUCGUCACAAACGUGGGCAGCGGCUGCGUCUGUAUUUUUUUGCUUUCAAACAAUAACAGGUUGUCAGCCAGCCGCUGCUUCUCCACUAAAGGCCAAUGUGCACUUGCCUUGGGCUGCUUGUUUGAGGGCGCAGCGCUGUUUUUGCUAUUAGAGGAUAAUUUAUGCAGGUUCUUAAAUACUGCCUUGCAACAGCUAAUAAUCCUGGCAUGCGGCUGGUCAAUGCUGCAUGUUUCUUGUGUGCUAGCGGUUAUUAUACUAGUUAAUGUAGAGCUUGAAGCAAAUGCGGACAGAGAUAUGUCUUGUAACAAAGAGGUACUCGUAGCAGCACACUCAGUGCCGUUUUCUGACGCCGGGUAUGGCAUAUUGCCGUUGUCGUCAUUGUUGGCAUCGUCAUCAUCAUGGUAUGUGCUAUUUGUAUCGCUGCCCCUAGAGCAGCUGCUGUCUGUGCGGGCCUUGUACAUUGCUCGUAUGCGGUCGCCCGGCUUUUCAUUGUAUUUAACACUUUGAAGCCGUAAUUUCAGCUGACUCGGGGCGCUGCGCUGAAGCUCAUUGGGUGGUCUACGCUUUGGACACAAGCACUGUGCGUGGCACGCAGCAUGAGAUGAUGUGGUAUCUGGGGGCUGUUCGACCGAAGAGACAUCAUUGUUUUCGUACAAGCACGGAGUCAAGUUCAUAAAUUUUAAAUAGCAGGAUGCCUAUAUAAAUAUAUAAAUAUACUAUAUAAAAAGUUUACAUACGAUAACAACAAUUAUAUC